CCUAUCCGACAAAUGCCUCAGCCGCUGCUGCCCUAUACUGUAAUGCCGCCUAUCCCGGUUUCUAUAUGCCUGGUUUUGGUGUAAAACGUAAAGGUGGACAAAUACGUUUUACCUCACAACAAACUAAAAAUCUCGAAAAUCGUUUUAACUCCUUCAAAUAUCUAUCGCCCGAAGAACGUAGACAUUUGGCUCUACAACUUAAGCUAACCGAUCGUCAAGUGAAAACAUGGUUUCAAAAUCGUCGAGCUAAAUGGCGUCGUGCUAAUCAGGCAAAACGUUCUUCCCACUAUUUACACACUACAGCACAGGCACAUAACAAUCAACGUAGUGUUAUUAAAUCAAAUCAUAUAACAAAUAAUAAUAACAAUAAUAGUAGUGGUAUUCAAACGUUGAGUCAGGAGGAUAAACAAUUCCUGUCGGAAAAUGAUGAAAGUGAUGGCGAGAGUGAGGAUGAAGAUAUUUAUGUGCAGGAUAGACCAAGAUCGGAAUAAGGGAAGGAGUAAUUAAAAUUUUAACGUAAAUUUAACCAAAGAUAUCAGUUAACUAAAGUAUUUAAGAGCAUUUAUUAGCGUUAAGUUCUAUUAAGUAAGAGUUUAGUUUUAAUUUUAUGUAAA